AUGGCGGCUGCAAAGCUAACCCCCACGGACUCGCUCUCAUUCUGCCUCGCGCAGCUCACGGCGGCGGCUGGGGAGGGUCUGGGUGGAAGAAAGGACACGGCUAUCAGCGAGACACCCCUCGGCCGUGCGCUUUUAGCUCUCCGCACACGCCACGUCAAGGCAGCAGGGGGAAUCGAGCGCUUCCGGGCACGCGGCGGGCUCCGCCCCCUUCUUGCGCUGCUACGGCGAGCGGCUGCUGCGGACCCCGCCCCGGCCCAGGCAAGCCCCGGCUCCGCCCCCUCAACGGUUUCUGCUGUUCCCGCCCCCCCAUCGGGCUCCGCCCCCUCUUCUGCGUCCUCGACGACGUCUUCGCCCCCAGUGCGUCAGCGCAAGACUUUGGACUUGGCUCUCAGCAUCCUAGCCAACUGCUGUACAGAAGGGGCGUGCCGGGCUGAAGUGCGCAGACUCGGAGGCAUUCUCCCCUUGGUGACCAUCCUUCAAUGUGUGAAGACAGACAGCAUCCUGAACCGAACAGCCCGUGCUCUGGGGAACUUAGCCAUGGAACCUGAGAGCUGUAACGACAUCCACUCCGCUGGUGGUGUCCCCCUGCUCCUGGAGAGCCUAACGGCCUGCCAGGACUCACAGUGUCUGCAGAGCGUGGUCCGUGCCCUCCGCAACUUGGCGGACUCCCCCCAGCACCGCUUGCUCCUGGCACAGCAGGGAGCGGUACGUCCACUGGCAGAACUCCUGGCCACUACCCCAGACCUUGCCCUGACCUCAGCCCUGGUCCGUGCCCUCCUGGAGCUGAGCUGGGGCUGCUCCCGGGCCUGUGCUGAGCAGCUAAGUCUGGGUGGAGGGCUGGGCCCCCUUGUCAGCCUGGCCUCUCAUCCCAAACGGGCUGUACGUGAGGCAACCAUUCUGACCCUUGCCAACUUGUGCGCCCAGGGCCUGGUGCGGCCUGCACUGGGCAAUGCUGGUGGCGUGGAGGUGCUACUGGGAGAGCUCCGGCGGCGCAGGGACACGAAUGGAGCCAGUCCAGCCUCCCAGCAGCCCCUGGUGCGGGCUGUCUGCCUCCUCUGCAGGGAGGCCAUCAACCGGGCCCGGCUGCGGGAUGCUGGCGGUCUAGAGCUGCUGAUGGGCCUACUUCGUGACUCCCGUGCCAAAGCCUGGCACCCUCGUGUUGUGGCUGCCCUUGUGGGCUUCCUCUAUGAUACGGGGGCCUUGGGCCGGCUGCAGGCUCUGGGGCUUGUGCCUCUCCUGGCUGGACAGCUGUGUGGAGAGGCUGGCGAGGAAGAAGAAGAGGGCACAGAAGCUGCUUCUUGGGACUUCCCCGAGGAGCGGACCCCUGAGCGGCCAGAGGCUGGAAGCUUCCGAAGCCUCAGGUCAUGGCUGGUUUCCGAGGGUUAUGCUGCAGGCCCUGGAGACAUCUCUCCUGACUGGUCCCCCGAGCACUGCCCGCCACAGGAGCCCGCUGAGCCCUCCAGUCCUGCCCCACGUCCAAACUUACUGCAGACACAACGCAAGCUGUUCACCCCACGACGUAGCCCUUCCAUCACCUCAGAAGAGCCUUGGGGUCGCGAGGGGCCAGCGCUGCUGCUGCUCUCACGCUUCUCCCAGGCUCCCGACCCGAGUGGGGCACUCGUGACAGGCCCAGCGCUGAGUGGCCUGCUGGCCUACGUGACAGGUGCACCUGGCCCACCAAAUCCACGCGCACUGCGCAUCCUGGCGCGCCUUACCUGCAACCCUGCUUGCCUCGAGGCCUUCGUGCGUAGCUACGGUGCAGCGCUGCUGCGAGCCUGGCUGGUGCUCGGCGUUGCUCCUGACGACUGGCCUGCACCUCGGGUCCGACCUGCCCGCCGCAACCAGCACCGGGAACUGGGUGAGAUGCUGCUGCAGAACCUGACUGUGCAAGCUGAAUCGCCCUUUGGAGUGGGUGCUCUCACCCACCUCCUGCUCUCUGGGAGCCCUGAGGACCGCGUGGCCUGCGCCCUGACCCUGCCCUUUAUCUGCCGGUGA